AUGGAGAGAAAAUUUAUGAAUGUUAUCCUACUUGGUUUCGGGUUUAUGUUUGUGUUCACUGCGUUCCAGACUAUGGGAAAUAUUGAGAAGACGAUCCUGGACAGCAUCACGCAAGAUGACAGCUCCUUCACAGGUGAUGGAUACACUUCCCUGGCCAUCAUCUACGCGACCCUCGCCAUUUGUAAUUGGAUGGCACCAUCCGUGAUUACCAUAACUGGACCAAGGGGAGCCAUGCUCAUAGGUGCUCUGACUUACUUAUUCUUCAUAAUAACAUUCCUAUUCCCGCGAACAUGGCUGUUGUAUGUGGCGAGUGUGUUGAUCGGCGCAGGCGCAGCUGCAAUUUGGACAGGUCAAGGAAACUAUCUGACGCUGAACAGUGAUGCUGACACCAUCUCCAGGAAUUCUGGAGUCUUCUGGGCAAUGUUGCAAUGCAGUUUAUUCUUCGGAAAUCUAUUCGUAUUCAUCAAGUUCCAAGGCAAGACCACGAUCGACGUUGAGACGCGCAACGUGGUGUUUGGUGCUUUGACUGCCGUGUGUGCUGUUGGCAUAGUGUUCCUCUUGCUGUUGAGGCCGAUAAGACGUGCCCCAGCUAUUGAUGACGUUAAGUGCGAGAUCGUUACCGAGUCGGAAGGUCCACUGGAGGCUUUCAAGGGUGCCAUCAGGCUGUUCUGCACGCGCGAUAUGAUUUUCCUGAGCGCCGCUUUUAUUUAUACCGGCGUGGAGUUAUCCUUCUUCAGCGGCGUGUACAGCCCGAGUAUCGGCUUCACUCUGGCGAUGGGCGAAAACGUAAAACAGCUUGUGGGCCUGUCUGGAGUAUUCAUAGGAAUGGGUGAAGUUCUCGGUGGCGCCCUCUUCGGUAUUCUAGGAAACAAAACUACCCGCUGGGGCCGUGACCCAAUCGUCAUAAUGGGCUACUUCAUCCACAUGACUUCGUUCUUCCUCAUCUUCAUCAACUUACCAAAUGUGGCUCCAUUCGGCGACACCAUGGACACGUCAUAUAUCAAUCCCUCUCCAUAUUUGGCCAUGUUCUGCAGUUUUCUCCUCGGCUUCGGAGACGCGUGCUACAAUACUCAGAUCUACUCGAUUUUGGGAGGGAAAUACUCAGAUAAUAGUACAUCUGCUUUCGCGCUAUUUAAAUUUACUCAGUCCCUGGCAGCAGCCGCUUGUUUCUUCUACUCGUCCAAAGCCCUUCUCUCCGUGCAACUAGGAGUUUUAGCAGUAUUAGCAUCUAUUGGCACAGCUGCGUUCUGCCGGGUCGAAUGGUCGGACAGAGCUAGAAACCGCUUGACCAUAGACUCCGUAGACGAUAAACUGUCACCAGCGACGCAUGCGCUGGCUGAGAACGCGUUACAUUAUGACUAA